AUGGAAAACACCAGAACCGAAUUCAGCGAUAUGAGUCGAAGAGCCGGAGAAAUUUUCAGACGGAUAAACCGUUUCGCAGACGGCCCCUUAACGCGUAAAAAGUUGGUAACCAUUGUUCUUAUUUUCAUCUUUUUACUGCUGUAUGUGGGUCCAACGUUAAUGAACUGGCUAUUUAAUGGUGAAGAUAAAACGUCCCACCAGAAUGUAUGUCAGAAAAACUUCUUAUCUCCCUUUGAGAAUGCUUUAACUGAGUACGAUGCUUACUUGAGACAAGAAGCAAAUGCUCCACUCUCUUAUCCCAGCCAUAACUAUGUGCCUUAUGUUGGAAAUGGCCUUCUAGGUUUGGCCUUAGAACAUGACUCUCAUAUUAACAUCAAAUACGGGAGAACAUUGUCUCUUCCAGUGCAUUACCACCCUUUAUACAUCAUAGACGACUAUGAGAUGAAGCAAUUCACUGUUACUGAAUACAAGACGGGAAUAGUUCAUAGGUUUCAAUGCAGUAACUCUGGCAUACACAUUCAAUAUCAGUAUUACGCCCACAGAACAAUUCCAUCACUGUUUGUUCAGGAAAUUUGGGUAAACAAUCCAACUAGCAAAACAAAAACGUUGAAAAUGUCAACCCCCAGAGUAUCAGACUGGCCUACAUCUGUGAAACAGGCUAUAAAACUGCACCAAGGAAUUGACACAAAGGAAUAUGAAGUAGUUACUGGCAUGAUACCACUACCAGACAGUGAUGAGGUGAUUGCUGCAACCGUAGUCUGCAGAAAAAUGCCCAGCACGAUCGCUGUAGAAGCUAGAGACGGCUUAGACAUACUUAUCUUCACAACCGUUCAAUACAGCGAGCCGAUCAAAAAGUCGGACUAUGCGAAACAAAAAGAUUUAGUUGAAAAAAAGGCGAUUGAAGAAAUGGAAAAGGUCCUUGCAUUGACUGGAGAUCGUAUAGCUGUGAGAAAACUCAGAGAAAGUCAUACAAGAGUCUGGCAAGGACUUUGGUACACUGGUUUUUAUAUUUCCGAUUCCAAAGCCCAAGGGGUAAUAAAUGGAGACAGAAUUAAUGCCACAAUUUAUGCGAUUUUGUCUCAAGUCCGUAGCCUUGAGCAUGAACAGCACAUUAAGCCAGAAACAAAGUCCAAUAUUCUAAGAAGUUUAACAUAUUCAGAAGGUUGUUACGAAGGACAUUCAACUUUGGAUGCAUUUAACCUGUGGAAACCUUUAAAUACAUUGGAAAAUUUAAAUAAAGUUGCUAGUGUAUGGUUGUUAACUUUAGAAAAACAAGGAUGUCACAAGCUCUUGAAAGCGGGAGCUAGUGGUGUCAACCAAGCAAUGAUACUGAGCUUUGGAAGUCUACGAUUCAGUAAUCAACAUUUAGAGUACAAUAUUCAUCCUUCAAAACUGCACAGAGAUUUCCUCUUCCGUAGAGUUAAUUAUGGCAACAUGACGCAUGUGAACAUUAGUGUGAUAUUGCAAGAGGACAAUAAAGCGGCUAUCUUUGUAGCUCUAGAUCGUUCUGAUAAGACGUAUUACGCUUGUGAUGCUGGUUGCUUAGACUCUCCAGUACAAUUGGGUCCAUAUAGAAAGUAUUUCCCUGUUAAACUGACAGAACCUUUAACAGCAAUAUUGUAUAUUACUGCAGACAAGCAACAUAUGGAAGACUUGAGACACGCAAUACAUGUAAAAGAAGUAGCCGAGGCUCCCGCUCAUGAACAUCAUGUAAUAGCCCUGCACAAACAUGGGCAUAGUUUAGGAGGCCUAAAUCCACUGUUUUGGAUUUCUAUUAUAGCAUUAAUUGUUGUCUUCCAUUUGUUCCUUUGCAGGAUUAUUAUGAACGAAUUUUGUGACAACGGAGUCAGUUACAAGAGGUUAUAUAAUAAACCUUGAAUUAUUUUUAAAUGAGGUUGGUGAGGCCUUGCUAUGUGGGUGUAUUGUCCAAUGCUUGACUGAAUGUAGGUUUUAAAAUUUGUUUAUAACAAAAGUGUACAUGUAUGUUGUACAGUGAUUCAAAAUUAUGACUUGAUUAUGCAACAACUGAUUACAGUUUGUGAAAAUAUUGCUUUAAUAUCCAUAGUUAUUUCAUUUUGAGUGAACAGUGCUUGGUAUUCAUUGAGUGCUGUAUUUUAUGGCUCUUAUGUGUUUUGUUAUCUGGCCGAUUGGCAGCUUGAAUUCAGGAAUGUGAACACAUUAACUUAUUUUUUUUAUUUCUUUCAUGACCUAGGAUUCUAGUUCUUUAGUUGGAAUUUAAAGAUAAUAAACAUAGAAACUCAUACAAUAAAGAAGUAAUAGUUUUUAAUAAUUUUUAAUUAAGAGCCUACGGUUUUAUUUAGUUUGCUAUCACAAUACAAAUAAAACAGAUUAUCUAAUCGUCCUUAAUCCUAGUUAUAAAGCUUAUCAAUGCUUUUACACGCUUUAGUGAUAUUGAAGGUUGCAGUAAACAAUUUCACCACAAAACUGUAAAGUAUCUAAGCCAAAAUGCUAAUAACUGCUACAAUCUAUAAAAAGUCACAUAUAUGUAGACACUGCUAGGUAAUGCCUCGCUCUAUGUAUUUUCCAUACAGUACUCUUUACAAGACAAAAUAUAUCUCAAGUAUGGGAGUGAAAACGUGCACUGAAUUUGAGGCUAUCGGUGCAAAAAUCAUGUUAACCAUAUUUAAUUUAUUUUUCUACAAUUUU